UCUCCAAAUUAACAGUUGCGUGCGAUUUGCUUGACGAAUCGGAGUUCGCUAUAAAAUGUGAAACAAAUCCCCGGAAGUAAGAUAUUCGCACAAGUUGGCGGGAAGACAGCUUUCAAGACGUCGUGCUGUUCGCAUUUUCGGUUUUGCUUCGGACGCGGAUUGUCGAUAAACAGGAAUCCAAUUAGAAUGUCAGCCAGCGCAGUAAUUCACUCCCCCGCGCAGCGACGGCGCUCCCCUCCCCUUUCCCUUUCUCUUGAACCCAAAAACUCGAAGCUCCAGCUUGCUCAACAGCAACAACAGCAGCAGCAUGGACACCACGCACAACAACAACCACGCCAAUCGAUGCUUAUUGAGGAUGAGGUUCACGGUGUAAUCGAACUGCCGAGCCAUAUCCAAGAGGUUGUUGAGCACCCACUCUUCCAGCGCCUCAAACAUGUUAAACAAUUGGGUCUCAUUCCGUGGGCCAUCGAUAAGAAGGCCGAUCACACUCGAUACGAUCAUUGCCUUGGAGUCUACAAAAGCGCGCAGGAUCACCUAAGGGCCAUCGAACGCAAUUCGCAUUACGAGCCCAAACUUCCGGAUUGGUGUCGUCAGGCGGUGGAGAUAGCCGCCCUCCUUCACGACAUUGGACACGGGCCAAUGUCACAUGCUUGGGAGUUGGCAACGCAUCAUGAAUUUGAUCACGAGGAAAACGCAAUGGUCUGUGUGGAUACAAUUUUCAAAGACGCCCUUAAUCAGGAGCUGGUCUCCUUGAGAGACGAUGGUGGUGGACGAGGUGUUCAAUUGAUAAAGGCUUUGAUAUUGGGAUGCAGUGAGACGCUGUCGUUUCCCAUGCUGGGACAUACCUACAUCUUUGAUAUUGUGCAUAAUCGGCGCUGCGGGUUGGACGUGGAUAAAUGGGAUUACCUACGGCGUGAUAACAAGCGCCUGCAAGUUCUCAACUCUGCGGAGAUGGAUUUUAAUGACGUAUUUCUUCAGGCUCGCAUAUCACCUGAUGGACAACGCAUCGAGUAUCGUUACGCAGACUAUCAUCGCGUAUAUCGCUUGUUCGAGGCGCGAUCGCUCCUCCACAUAAAGGCCUAUCAAUAUCCGCUAACUUGCGCCGUGGAUGCUAUUUUUGCCAAUGCAGUACAACGUAUGGCUCCGGAACUAUUAAACAUUCGCUCAAAGGAUAAACAGUGGCUGGAAUUGAGCGACGAUUAUGUUUGGAAUGCAAUUCAAAAGGAUCCUAAAUCGAGAUAUGUAAGGGAACCCCAACGAAUUAGAGAAGUCUCAAGCAACGAUUGUUCCGAAACGGGUAUAAUACGGGUGCACAGGAUUAUACCUGGACCUUGGGAGCUUAUGAAAUGCGCAGAGGCUUUCGCUUUCUUUGGCAAUAAGCGCAAGAAGCGUCCAAUUACUCCAUGUAUAAGCCCGACGAUAGUCAGCAAGUGCUUUAAGUUAGAGUAGAAACAUGAACCAGAGAAUAGUUCAAGUUAAAGUCGUCAACCAAACGUAUGUUAUUGUUUUCUUUCGCAUCGUGUUCUUAUAUUUAAUAAACUAUAUUUCAUGAAA